AUGGGCGAGCUUGAAGAUGGUAUCAAUAGAACAGCUACAGAUACCAACCCAAAUUCAACGGUUUUAGCAGAACCUCAGUUCAAAUAUACUCAAUUGCCAAAAAUUACAUUGCCAAAAUUCGAUGGUGAUUAUAAUUCAUGGAGAUCAUUUUCCGAUUUAUUCACAUCAUUAAUUCAUGAUAACAACCAGCUGCAACCGGUACAAAAACUCCAUUAUUUAAAGGGAUGUCUUAGUGGUGAUGCGGAAAAAUUAUUAAAACAUACUCCCAUCACUAAUCAAGAUUAUGAACCGGCUUGGAGUAAAUUAAAAAAGCGAUAUGAAAAUACUAGAACUUUAGCAAAUUUUCACCUCAAGACCCUAGUCAACCAAAUCAAAAUUACUGCUGAAUCGGGAAAGAGCCUAAAAAUGUUAGUCGAUACAACCGAAGAGUGCUUACAGCAGCUCAAGGUGUUGAAAAUAGACACCAGUCAAUGGGAUGCAUUGUUGAUAUUUUUGAUAGUUCAAAAAUUACCAUUUGUGACAUUGCGCCUCUGGGAAGAGGAAUUGGGAGAUAACCAAGAACUUCCAAAAUACUCAACAUUUUUAGCAUUUUUAAACAAAAGGAUUCGAGUAUUGGAAUCCAUCGGUAGUAUUAUUGGUGCAAAACCAAGUACCACCAACAUCAAAAGGGAAAACAUUCAAACCUAUCACACCCUCGUUAAUUCUUAUUGCCCCGCCUGCAACGAAAAACAUUACGUCGGGACCUGUAAAACUUAUUUAAAUAUGGAUGUACCUACACGCAAAAAAAUAAUUAAAGCAUCGAAUAGAUGCCUUAACUGUUUUUCAAACAAACAUUCGCACGCAAAGUGUCGAAAUAAGUUUAAAUGCAAACAAUGUCAUCAAUCACAUCACACUACACUUCAUUUCGAUGAGUCUUCAUCAAAGGAUUCAAAUACUGAAAGGUUUAACAGUAAUGAUGCUGAAAGGACAAACACUUUCCUGUCAAUGGAAAAUUGUAAUGCUCUAUUGCCAACCACAUUGGUAACAGCAUGUGACCGCAAUGGUCGUUCAACAAUAUUGCGAUGCCUGAUAGAUACAGGAUCGCAAACCUCAUUCAUCACAGAAAACGCCUGUCAGAGGAUGCAAAUACGUGGAACACCCACAUCAAUACAAAUUCAUGGUCUAAGCAAAAACCAAACUGCAUGUUCCAAACAAAGGGUGCAGUUAAGACUUAAAUCUACUAAAAACAACCACACGGCGGUAGAAGUGAAAAUGUUCGUAUUAGAAACAAUCACUGACCUACUGCCAGCUAAAGAAACAUCAAACAUUUUACUUGGAGCCGAUGUAUAUGGCCAUAUUAUUCGCGAAGGCAUACGCUACGCUCCAGGUAGAUCCGUAGUCGCCAUCAACACUAUAUUUGGAUGGAUAAUAUUAGGAAAUAAUUUUAUCUCACCUAACGCUUCAGUGAAGGUAUUCAUCGCAACUACAAACCCCAUCAACGAACUCGGAUUUCUACUUCAGAAAUUCUGGGAGAUGGAAGAAGUGCAAACCUUCAACACACAAACUCCAGAAGAUCAAAAAUGUGAGGAGUUAUAUAAAACCAACUAUGAACGGCUGCCAAAUAAUCAAUAUAUGGUAAAAUUACCAUUCACAGAUCCAAAUGGACCAAGUCUAGGUUCCUCAAGGGAACUCGCGCUGAGGCGUUAUGAAUAUUUACAAAGGAAAUUAUCCAAGAACGCACAACUUAAACGCGAGUAUGAAGCCUGUUUGGAUGAAUAUAUAACCAUGGGUCACAUGGAAGAAUAUGAACCACCCAAACCAAAUGAACCACAUUAUUACAUACCACAUCAUGCGGUUUUUAAACAAAGCACCACUACCAAACUACGGGUAGUUUUCGACGCAUCUGCUAAAACUACAAAUGGUAAAUCACUGAACGAGCAAUUAUUGAUCGGUCCAACUAUACAACCGAAGUUAUUCUCUACUGUUCUCAAUUGGAGAAAACAUAAGGUAGUGAUCACAGCAGACGUUAAAAAAAUGUAUCGAAUGAUUUGGAUGCACCCAGAACAUCGCACGUUUCAGCGCAUCCUAUGGAGAGAUCCAGAAACAAAAAUGCUUAAAGAUUAUCAACUUAAGACCGUCACCUUUGGCGUGUCCCCUGCACAAUUUUUAUCCGUUCGCACAGUACAACAAGCAGCACUAGAUGAACAAGAAACAUAUCCAUUAGCAGUGAAGGCAACUUCAUCAGAAUUUUACUUUGAUGAUUUACUAAGUGGAGCAGAAACCAUCGAUGAAUGCCUGAAAUUACAGAGGCAGUUACGAGAUAUGCUUAGUAAGAGUGGAUUUAAACUCCGAAAGUGGGCAAGUAACCGAGUAGAAGUCAUAUCACACUUACCAACAGAAGAUAAGGAGCUACAAGAUUACUUCACUUUUAAUGUUCAAGGUUUAUCAGAUACGCAGGCCAAAACCAAACGUAUCAUACUCUCGGAAAUAGCAUCAUUGUACGAUCCAGUUGGAUGGAUCUCGCCUAUCAUCAUAAUAGCCAAAAUACUUAUUCAAACCCUUUGGAUCGGCGGUUACUCUUGGGAUAGCAAGGUCUCUCAAGAUAUCACACAACAAUGGUACGAUUUUAAAGAGGAUUUAAAAAAUCUGAAUAAACUAAAAAUUCCACGAUGGAUUGGUAUAUCGAAAACCAACCAAACAAACCAAAUUCAUGGAUUUUGUGAUGCUUCUAUUAAAGCAUAUGCCGCAGUUCUAUAUAUUCGAACCCAAGAUGAAAAUGGAAACAUCAAGGUCAAUUUAUUAACUGCAAAAUCCAAGGUUGCUCCAGUAAAACCAAUAACUUUACCUCGUUUGGAAUUAAACGGCGCAUUAUUGCUAGCUAAACUUAUAAAAGCUACGAUUCAAGACAUGCAACUUGAAACCUUUCCUGUAUUUCUAUGGACGGAUGCUACUAUUGUUUUACAAUGGAUUCGAGAGCAUCCAUCGAAAUGGAAAACUUAUGUUGCAAACAGAGUUGCAGAAAUUCAAGAUGUGACACCUACUGAGUAUUGGCAUCAUGCUCCCACAAAGGAUAAUCCAGCUGAUUUAGCUUCGCGGGGAAUAACAACCAGGCAAAUCCUUGAUUGUGAUCUAUGGUGGCAUGGACCUGAAUGGCUUUGCCAAAAUCAAACCCAAUGGCCAAGAAAUCCAAUUCAACUCGAAGGAACAACCUUAGAAGCCAAGGCACCAUCUAUAAAUGCAUUACUUUCAACGUCUUCAAGCGACUGGUUGCCAAAGUAUUCAUCAUACACUAAACUUGUCAGAGUAAUAGCUACGGUAUUGCGAUUCGUCGAAAAUUGUCGCGACCGUGAAAAUAAACGAACAAGUCCGUUAUCCGUUAAGGAAUUGAAUGAAUCAAGCACGUUGAUCUUAAAAAUGGUACAAAUUUCAGCCUUUAAAUCUGAGUUACAUAUAUUUAAGGCAGAAAAACCUCUAUCCAAGAAAAGUCAGCUUAUGACGCUCAGCCCAUUUUUAGAUGGAAAUGGUUUGAUCCGAGUUAAAGGUAGACUGGAAAACGCAGAUGUUCCAUAUGAUAUGAAACACCCCAUCAUUUUAUCCCGAGAUCAUCACGUCUGUAACUUGAUUAUUGAUAAGGCCCAUAAGGAAACAUUGCAUGGAGGCACUUCAUUGGUUCUUAACACUCUUCGCAAUAAUUUUUGGAUCCUCGAUGGAAAACGAGUCGUAACACGGGAAAUUCAUAAAUGCGUUAUAUGUGCAAAACAUCGAGCAGCAACAACGCAACAACUAAUGGGAGCUUUGCCGGCACCUAGAGUUAACCUCACAAGACCCUUUACACAUGUGGGUAUUGAUUACGCUGGACCCAUACAACUUAAAAUGUCCACUCACAGAAGCGCAAAACAUUACAAAGGAUAUUUUUGUAUCUUAGUAUGCAUGGCAACCAAAGCUAUACAUAUAGAGGUCGUAUCAGAUUUGACCUCAAUGGCUUUCAUAGCAGCUUUAAAAAGGUUCCUGUCUCGACGAGGAUUAUGCUCGGACAUAUAUUCAGAUUGCGGAACAAACUUCAAGGGUGGAAAGGUAACAUUGGAUCGCGAUCUAGAACAAGCCAUCAAGGAAGCAGCUCCAAACAUAGCAAAUUAUUUGCCAGCCUUAAACAUUAACUGGCAUUUCAACCCACCUGCCGCUCCACAUCACGGAGGAUUAUGGGAAGCAGGUGUAAAAUCCAUCAAAUAUCAUUUGCGUCGUGUGCUAGGCAUAACGGUUUGCACAUUUGAAGAACUCGCGACAUUGCUUGCUCAAAUUGAAGCAUGUCUAAACUCAAGACCCUUAUGUGCAUUGAGAAAUGAUAUUGAUGAUCUGGCGGUUCUAACCCCAGGUCACUUCCUCAUCGGUCAGGCUUUAAAUGCAAUCCCUGAACCUGACCUAACAGCAUCAAACUCUUCGUUCAACCAAAGAUGGAAACAUGUCCAACAAAUGAAUCAACAUUUUUGGAAAAGAUGGUCAACGGAAUAUUUAAACCGUCUCCAACAACGCCCUAAAUGGCUAACCAACGAACAAAGCCUUAAGGUUGGAGAUGUUGUCCUAAUAAAGGAUGAAAACACUCCACCGACUGCUUGGCCUUUAGGGAUAAUACAAAUGAUUCAUCCUGGAAAGGAUGGAUUGGUACGAGUUGUAACAGUUCGAACAAGAUUUAGUACUUGUCAAAGACCCAUUGUAAAAAUUUGUCGUUUGCCGAUCGACCAAGUCGAAACUAUCACGACAACAUGA